AUGGAUAACGUUGGACGCAGAAACUCAGAAGAUCCUGUUCUUGAAUUGGAAACAGAAAAUCUGCCUGUUAUAGAACAUGACACUAUAUUCUGUGAACCUGAACUGCAGAGAGAGUAUAAAGAUGCAGCGGUGCAAGUUACGAGUGGUGAUAUAUUUACAUCAUUUUUGAGCAUGAUUGAUACCCAACCAAAAUUAAUCACCAUGACUGGUAUUCCAUCAUUUAUCCUCUUAAAUAAAAUAUGUGAACUUUUUUCAACAAAUUUUCCUGAUAAAAGAACCCAUAACCUAGACAUUAAAGGCCGUAUUGUAUUAGUAUUCACCAAACUAAAACAAGACCUAUCAUUUGCUGUACUAGCUGUUCUUUUUAAAAAUAUAAGUGUUUCUUCUUGCAGACAAAUUUACUUAUCGACAAUACCUUUAAUAAGUUGCCUUCUAAAAAACUGUAUUUACUGGCUUAGUAAUGAUGAAAUUGUUUCAAAUUUACCAAACUGUUUUAAAGAUUUUCACAAUGUUAGAGUAAUAUUAGACUGUACUGAAAUCACAAUUCAAAAGCCUAAGUGCCUUUCGUGCCGUAUUAAACUUUAUAGCAAUUACAAAUCGAACUAUACUCUAAAAUUUAUGUUAGGAGUAUCUCCUGGAGGUCUCAUUACCUUUAUAAGUAAAGCCUAUGGAGGAAGAGCUUCUGAUAAUGUAAUUUUUAAACAAAGUAAUAUUGUUCAAUUAAUGAAUGAACAUGAUGCGAUAAUGGUUGAUAAAGGGUUUCAAAUUGAUGAUACCUGCAAUGA